ACAUAUACAUACCUUGUCUUGCUCUGCUCUGAUGAGCAGCGACGGAGGAGGAUCUCGUCGCAUCAGAUGGCUGCUAGGUUUCGGCUUCUUCGUUCAAGGAUUCAGAGGCUUCCCAUGGCUCGGAGCCAAUUUCUUCCUCACCGACGAGCUCCGCGUCAAUCCUUCAGUGUUACAGCUUCUCCAGAACUCCGCUAAUCUCCCAAUGGUCGCUAAACCAAUAUACGGCGUCGUUUCGGACGCUGUCUACUUCUUUGGCCAGCACCGUGUCCCUUACAUCGCUUUUGGAGCGUUGCUACAAGCAGUCUCAUGGCUUGCGAUAGCUUUCUUGGCGAGAUCGAACGUGUCGAUAUUAGCUUUAUCGCUCUAUCUUCUCCUUAGUAACCUCGGCGCUUCGGUUGUAGAAGUAGCUAACGAUGCUAUCGUCGCCGAGGCCGGAAAGCGAAAGAGCGCUUCUUCGGGUGAGCUGCCUUCGUUCGUUUGGAUGGCUUCUUCUCUCGGUGGGAUCCUUGGGAACCUCUUAGGUGGAAUCGCUAUCAAAACGUUUUCCUCUCAGUCGACGUUUCUAGUGUUCGGCCUCUUAGCUCUUCUUCAGUUCUUGGUAACUUUAAACAUCAGAGAAAAAUCUCUAAACCUUCCGGAGAAUCAUUCUCCUUCUGGUGGUGGUGGUGGUAUCAAGAGCCAUGUCUCUGACCUUUCGCGCGUGCUGAGGAAGCCGGAGAUCUCUUACUCCAUAGCGUGGAUGGCGUUGUCCACCGCUCUGGUUCCUGUUCUUACAGGGACGAUGUUCUUUUACCAGACGAAGAUCUUGAACAUGGACGCGUCAUUGUUAGGAAUAUCCAAGGUUGUUGGUCAGGUUGCGAUGCUUCUUUGGGGAGUUGCUUACAACCGUUGGCUUAAAACGACUUCUCCCAGGAAGCUGAUCGCAGCCAUUCAGGGAACUAUAGCUGUCUUCGUGGUGUCGGACCUAUUGUUCGUGAGAGGAGUGUACAGAGACUUGGGAGUGGCGGACUCUGUCUACGUGCUCUUCGUUUCGGGGAUAUUGGAGACUUUGUUUUAUUUCAAGAACCUGCCGUUCACGGUGUUGAUGACGAGGCUGUGUCCUCGCGGGUGCGAAGGGUCUCUCAUGGCGUUUGUCAUGUCGGCCAUUGCGCUCGCGUUUAUAGUCAGCGGGUAUCUUGGGAUCGUUCUCGCGUCGUUUGUGGAAGUGACGGUUGAUGAUCACUCGGGGUUUGCUGGUGGAUUGGCGGUAGAAGCGGUCUGCGUUGUGGUUCCGCUGGUGUUCACCUCGUGGAUAUACGAUGAGGAGGAGAAGAGUAAAAAGGAAGAAUGAGUUAAUUUAAAAACUUUUAUUUGUAUAUGUUUGUGACAUUUCUUAGUUUCUCAUGGCCGGUGGUGUGUUCUUUGAUUUCGCUUCACUUUAGAACCAGACCGACCCGGUUCAAUUUCUACCAUAAACUGGUUAAA